GUUGAGACGAACUACAGAACCGAGCGCGCUGAGGGGGAGGCAAGAUGGCGGCGCCUCAGCAGCCGCCUCAACCGCAGCCGGCGCAGCUGACGCUCCUGCAGGCGCAGGUGGGGCCACCCCCCGGCAGCGCCGCGGCGGCGGUAGGUGGGCACCCCGGCUCGGCGCAGGCCGCGGCGGGAGCGGCUUCUUUAACGGUCGCCCAGGCUCCCGGCGGGCUCCAACCUCCCGCGCAGGCGCAGGACUUCGACCCGGUGCAGCGCUUUCGCCUCCUGCUGCCGCAGCUCAAAGAAAGCCUGCAGAGCUUGAUGAAAGUGGCUGCCCAGAACUUCAUCCAGAACACCAACAUUGACAGCGGACAGAAAAGCAACGACGGCCCCGUGCAGAGAGUGGACAAGAGCCUCGAGGAAUUCUAUGCCUUGUGUGACCAGCUGGAGUUGUGCCUGCGCCUGGCCUACGAGUGCCUCUCCCAGAGCUUUGACAGCGCCAAGCACUCCCCGACCCUCGUGCCGACAGCCACCAAGCCGGACGCGGUCCAGGCAGAGAGCCUGCCCUACACCCAGUACCUCAGCAUGAUCAAGUCCCAGAUCUCUUGCGCCAAAGACAUCCACAAUGCCCUUCUGGAGUGUUCCAACAAGAUCACAGGAAAGGCCCCCUCCCAGGGCGUACUUUAGGGCCGCCUGCAAGCUGUUCCUGCAGGACGUUUUGGUUGGAACCGCUGGGCGAGUCAGUUCCCAGCAUGACCAGAAGGAGGCAGUCCUGUCAACACAGACAGACAAGGAGCAGGGAGCUUCAUUGUCCUCCCUCCUCUGCUCCCUUCCUUCUGCCCAGGUCUAGACGUGAGUCUUCUGUGGCGUUCAGGUUCCCGACAGGACUUGUCUCCAUCUGGGUCCGUGUUGGUUUCACAUCUUCCACAACUUCUAACCGAAACACUAGGAGCUCAACUCAGAUGCACAGAAAUCUUUUCGCUUACAAACAGUUCUCUUGUCAGAGAAGGAUGCUGUGGAAGUACGACAAAUUAAAAUUCUCCUGAUCUAUCAGGCCUCACGAUCUGCAGGUCUUUCUUGGAGCUGGCCAGUCAAUAUUUUUGCUCCCUUUUUUCCCCUUUCGGGAGAGAGAGGCUUGAGGACCACCCAUAAGAAGCAAACCUGCCAGCCUAACCCCCCCACAAUUCUGCAGGUUCCUUAGCCAAACCUUUCUGCCUGCUAUAGCGGUGUCCUCUCCGCACAGAAACCCCUCCUCUAAAUCUUACACCUUGACAUUUUUCUGUAAGAUGAGCCUGUGCGAAUGUGUGUGUAAGUUUGUAGAUUUAUCAAAUGCAUAAUUCUGCAAAGGAGACUUCCUGGAACCCUGUGCAGGCCUCCUGCCUGUGGAUUUUCCUUCCCUAAUGAAUACAAAAUGAGAAAUCUGACCCAGUAGUCUUAGGUCAACCUGGGCAGGCUGUCUCUACCCUGCCGUCCAUAAAUUGGGUGCCCCUGGCAGGAUAAAAAAUUUUCUUGCGGAAGAAGAGACCCUGCAAGCAAGUCUUCACACACCUCACACCAUGAAUCCAGGAAGGAACGCAAUCUUAUCUGGUUCUUAUCUCUGCGUUCUCUCUGCUCAUCAUUUUGUUUUUUCUGCCCUGGGGGAGUGUGUCCUUUUCCAUCUCUCGUUGGUUUUGCUCCCUGUUUUCAUGCAAUAAGGAUAAUUUGCCACUGCAGAGAAGACCUGACCUGUCCCCUGUUGUGGAAGACUCUCAGUUGUGGAAGACUCUCAGGGUGCCGGACUUUAGGCUGCAGUCCUCCACAGGUUUACCUGGGCGUAAGUCCUGCUGGGUUUAGUGGGACUUCCUUCUGAGUUGACGCUUCUGCGCUAGCAGUCCUGCUUUGAAGAACCACUGGCAGAAAAGGAGUAAGCUUGCCAGAACCAGCUUACAUUCCAUUGAUUUCAGUGGGCCUACUCUAAGUAAGACUAGGUCUGGAUCCAACCCAUUAACCUUUUCAAAGAGCUUUGUUUCCUUCUACGCUGCCAGACUUGGGGACCAAGGCAAUGCAGUUUUCUUACUUUGUACAGCAGUAAAGGAUUCCUUUGUGAUUCCCCCCGCCCCCCAAAAAUCCAUUCUGUUCCUAAUAAUUAAAAAAAAGUGUUCAUUUUGCUUCUCUUAA